AUGUCUAAUCAAGCAAGAAUUGACUAUCAGAUUCGAUUAGGCACAACAAUUGAUUGUGCUCGAUUUUUGUUACAACAAGGUCUUCCAUUUCGUGGGCAUGAUAAAACUGAAGAUUCAAAAAAUCAAGGUAACUUUCUUGAACUCCUACAAUGGUUAUGCAACCAUAAUAAAGAUAUUAAAGUCAUUUCUUUGAAAAAUGCUCCUGAAAACUUGAAAUUGACUGCACCAGACAUCCAAAAAUAUAUUGUGAAUUGUAUUGUAGUAAAAAUUGUCAAUUCAAUCAUACAAGAUAUUGGUUAUAAGUUGUUUUCAAUUUUGAUUGAUGAGUCGAAGGAUAUAUCUUCAAAGGAGCAAAUGUCAAUUGUGUUGAGAUAUGUAGACAAAGGGCGUGUGAUUGAGCGAUUUGUCGGUAUUGUACAUGUUACCAAUACAAGUUCUUUAUCACUUAAAGAAGCUAUUGAUGGAUUCUUUUCUACAUGGAUUAAGCAUGACAAGUUUGCGUGGACAAGCUUUGGUAGCUAUUGCAAAAAAAAUCAUGUAGAGAUCGUUGGUCUUUUUAUUUUAGUUGUAAAUGUGGUGAAUGUUAUUGGUGCAUCAGCAAAACGUCGAGACAUGUUAAGAGAGAAACAUAGUGCCAACACUUUUGAAGCUUUGAAUAAUGGUGAUCUGUCAAGUGGAAGAGGAUUAAAUCAGGAAACAAUGAUCAAACGACCAGGAGAUACACGGUGGGGAUCACACUACAUCACUUUAGCGAGAUGUAUUUCAAUGUUCUCAUUAAUUUGUGAGGUGCUUGAGACAAUCAUAGACGAUGGAUCAAAUUCUGAACAAAAUGAAGCAAAGGUUCUAAUGAAUUCAAUCCAAUCAUUUGACUUCAUUUUUCAUGUGCAUCUUAUGAAAGCUAUCUUGGGAAUCACAAAUGAUUUAUCUCAAGUACUACAGAGAAAAGAUCAGGAUAUUGUGAAUGCAAUGAAUUUGGUCAAGAUUUGUAAAGUAAGAUUACAGUCAAUGAGAGAGUCAGGAUGGCAAUCAUUGUUGGAUGAAGUUUCAAGUUUUUGUAAUAAGCAUGGUAUUCUAAUGCUUAAAAUGGAUUAUGCAUUUUCAGUUCGAGGGAAGAGAAGACGAAAUUCUCAAGAAAUCACAAAUACAUAUCAUUAUCGUGUUGAGAUUUUUUAUGCAGUUAUUGACAUGCAACUUCAAGAGUUAAAUAAUCGUUUCACUGAAAAAAGCACCGAGUUGCUUCUUUAUGUGGCAUAUCUCAAUCCAAGCAACUCAUUUACUACUUUUGACAGACAAAAGCUCAUUUUCCUUGCACAAUUUUAUCCUAGAGAUUUUUCAACUACGGAGCUUCUUAUUUUUGAAGAUCAACUUCAAAAUUACAUCAUUGAUGUGUGUUCAGAUAAUAUGUUUGUUGGGUUAACAAGUAUUGGUGAUCUUUCUCAAAAAAUGGUGAUAACAGCUAAAGAUAAAGUUUAUCCAUUAGUCUAUUGGUUGCUUACCUUAGCAUUGAUCUUACCAGUUACAACGGCUACCGUGGAGAGGACAUUUUCUGUUAUGAGCAUUAUAAAGACUCAAUUGCGUAAUCGAAUGGAAGACCAAUGGAUGAAUGAUUGUCUUGUAGCAUAUAUUGAGAGAGAUUUAUUUGAUAAGAUAGAUAACGAAUCUAUUAUGUAUCGAUUUCAAAAUAUGAAAUCUCGUAGGGGACACUUGUGA